ACAUCAGACAACAGACAACCCACAACAAACACCCACAACCAAAAACAAAGGCUAAAGGGUAGGGGCGACAGAAGAAUGCCAAACGAUGGCGCCAACCUGAAGAAUGAAACGGACUACAGCCACGAGAAAGACCUAAAGUGUGAAGGCAGCAAUAUCUUCAUUCCAGCUGUCCCUGAUCCGCUAGCCAGUGAACGAGUGUUGGCGGCAGUCUCUUCCGACGAUGAUGAUCAGUAUCCAGUGACAUGUCAAGUCAAGAUUGACACAUCUCCAAACUCGCCUCCUAAUCAUGCAGCCAAAAGUGGUUGGAUCCUUACGAGUAUUGACUGUCACGGCAAAGAAAAAUCUGUUGGAGGUGACGAAUUUUACAUUGCCUACACUGCACCUAUUAGCAGCAAAGAUGAUGACACGACAACCGAAGAACGUCGGCCCUACACAGCGGUAGCUCUCGUGGAAGACUGCAAGGAUGGUACCUACUGGUUGGAUUUUUGUGCGACUCCUACAUCGCCGCGAACACCCACAGCCGAGUAUGGCGGACACUUAACCAUUUGGUUUCAAUACUCUUGUGGUCUUGGUAGCAUGGCACCACCUACCAAACAAGCAUGGGUCAAUGGUGCCUACACGCACCGAAAGUAUCAGGUGGAUCUCAUCCAAAAUCACCACAAACGACCAACCAUUCGGCCCUUUUACCAUCCCAAUUUGACCUGCUGCAGACUGCCAUUACAGCAACCUGCCAUAGACCUGAGCCAGUUUGAUCUGAUUGUGGCCUUUGGCGAUUCAACUAUGGAACAACUGCUCCGACAACGACCCAACAAAAAGGGAAAGUACUUUUUCCAACACAAUCUCAGUUAUGGAGAAAAGGUAUCCUUUGGUUUGAAUACCCAAACAGUGUCUGCCUUUUUGGAAUUGCUGGAGAAGGGCAGUGGAAGCCAUCUUUCCAAUCAAAAAGCGUAUCGACGUCGAGCCGUCAUGAUUGGCAGCGCCAUGUGGGAUAUUCUCGAUUCCAAAGAUACGUUACAGGGAACGGACUACAAGGAUCAUCAGCAGGCAUGUCGAAACUACGUUCGAGCUAUACGACAACGAUAUCCAGACGUGACCAUUUUGUGGAAGUCGCCCACGGCUGUUCACAUUCAUGCGGUCGACCUGGAUCGGUUGGUGGUGUCCAAAAUUGGCGAAGCUGCUCUAUUUGGGAUCGAACGCAUUCGAUACAUGAGUGCUUCCCGCUCCAGUUACUUGUACAAUGUUCAGAAAGCAUUGAUUUUGGAAGAGCAGCAGCACGAUGACAAGUUACUAUUUUUGGAUCUUUACGAGGCAACUUAUUUGUCCGCCGACUGGUUGUUUCCGUCCGAUGGGAGACACUACCGUCCAGACCUGAAUCGACUCAUGCUUCAGUGGUUCUAUCCCUCUACUAGCUCAGUUCCUGAUGCUUCUAGUAGGAGCAACGAGACUGUGGAUGUAGAGAGUGUCGUGGUAAAGGGAGAUGGCAAGGGAGGGAUGCUCGUCGACAUGCCAAAGCCUUACUACAUUGAUCCGACAAUGAAGGAUUUAUGAUAUUCUGGGAAAGGGGGGAUUGAACUACUGUACGGUUGAUUUGUUCGGAAGAUAAUCCCGUCCUAGGCAAAGAUGGGGCGUAAGAUCUCUUUAAAAACACCAUUGGAUAUUGCUCGUUGCUUUCCCCCCCGAUAAUUUAUGCAAAAACAGUAAAUCGAAGUCCCAUUGGAAGUUUAGCCGCUCCCUGACUACGAAAAAUGAGCUGUGCCGUGAUUCCGUAAUAGCUCAUCAUUCCGCUGGCCUUGGCCACCACACUACUGGCCACCAUGGACAAAUUGGAAUGCGCAAAGGCCGUGUCAUGGGUCAAUGUGUAUGCUUUUUUCUCGUCCCGACUUUCUGUUCCAAAUCCCACCCCCGUCACCAUUUGUCUAUUCACAAAAUAGUGCUGUUCCAUGAAGUGCUUGUAUCGUUCUUCGGAUUGGGUAAAGCUUUUCAUGGAAUGUGCGAUUUCCAUGGCCGAAUCCAGGACGCUCUGCCAAACAGCGAGAGGAAUUUGUUUGCGUUUGAAAAUGUUGGGAAGUUCCUCUCGUUGAGGAUUGUUGAUGAGACUUCCAUCAAAGGACCAUGUCAAAUGGUAAACUUGUCCCACUACCGUUGGUACAACAGAUUGCUGCGCUGUCUCUUCUUCUUCCUCUUGUACUAGUACGCCCGGUUGUUCAAUGACGACUUGUCCAUCGGCAUAUUCCAGUAAUGUUUUGACGGCACUGACACCCAUUCCCUGUACCUUGGUCCCAUUGAUACUGAUAAUUUCUUGCCCAAUCUUUAGAUUUGACCCCUGGAAGAUGCUGUAUUCUUUGAUAUCAUCCAGCACGAUUGUGUCAUUGUUACCUGCAAAAAAGACCAGCCCCACUUUGGUCUUCAUGCUGGGUUUUGUGGCUGUGACUUUGAAUGUGCUCAUUGUUCUCUUCUUGUAGAAUAAUUAGGCAUGUGUUUUUGAUUCUGUUGCGUUGAUAAGGUCUUGUCAGUUGGUAAUGUUUGGUUGAUGAUUCAUUUUAUUGGCAACAUCGAUGGGAUGUUUGCCAAAAAGCUAGCUCACUGCCAAAGUUGUGGAAAAUGAGAUACGUAGCCAGCUACGGUAGAUCUUGAUUGCAUGAAUGACGUACCGGUGUGUGAAAUUGAAUUCAUCCAUGGAUAUUAUUUUUCAGUGUUCUGAUUUGGCCAACUACUGGAAGAAGCAAGAUGCGAAAGGAUUGAAGAGACCAAGCAAAGAGCCAAUCAAUUGCACCCCUGCAAAUGCAUGCUUCUCCGACCAUCUGCACCUGCAGCUUCUC